CACAAUUCCAUUUUUGCUUGGCAUGAAGAAUCGGACAAUUUCUUGUCCGAUUCAGAUUUCCUACCAAAAUUAUUACUAUUACCGUUACCGAAGGAACGUUUGCAGUACCACUUGAAUUGUUUUUGUUUGUAUUUUGGUGAGAAUCAAUCCAAUAAAGCUCUAAUGUUGGAUCGUACAAAAAUGCGUACAAAAUUCGACGAUAGUGGAAUACAAGUGAAAGAAGAGCUGAUUGAAGAAGAUGAUUGUGAACAACAGACAACCAGUAAGAGGCAACGCAGUGACGAUUUCGAUAGUGAGGAUGAUGAUGAUAUCGCUCGUGGGUCGUUACCACCUGCGAGGAAACGAAUCAAGCGUGAAUUGAACAACGAGUUGAAUGACGACGAACCUAAGAACAACGAAAGUGAUCGCAAAUCAAGAAAAGCUCCGUUAAUCAAUGAAAAAUUGAUCAAAAGCAGUGAUAUAUUCGAGUUGACUUUAUUGCAGUCAUUUGAUGCGUUUUGA